AUGCUUCCUAAAAGAGUGGUGAGUGGUCCAAACCAACUUAAAAAAUUUUUGCACAAAAUGGCUCUAGCAAGUGGACAUUGGAUUGAAAAGGCGAUUGAAGGAAUGCCACCCAGCCCUAGAGCUGGUCAUGCAACUGCUGUGGCAGGAAAUAUCGCUUUCUUAUAUGGAGGAGUCUCAGCAAUUAACUUUAAGGAUGCGCAGCCAUUAUACCUGAAUGAUUUUUAUAUGAUAACAGUUUCCCCCAGUUGUGUAGCGUGGGAGAUGAUGCCUCAGAAUGGAGCUGUACCCUGUGCAAGGGAGGGGCAUGCAUUUUGCGUAGUCAAAGGAAAACUGUAUUUAUUUGGCGGUUCCUGCGAUCCUCAAGCAAAAGAAUGUCUUCCAGGGGUCUAUUGCUAUGACAUUGUAACAUUGAAGUGGCAGAAGCUGGACACUGGAGGUGUAACUCUGAGGACUCUUAGACACAGCUCAGCAGUGUUAGGAGACAAUAUAUAUGUAUUUGGAGGAAUUCUACAUGAAACACCUACAGAUGACCUCAUGAUGUUCAAUACAGUAUCAAUGAUUUGGACACCAAUUAAAACAAGUGGGAUUCCACCAUCUGCAAGGUAUAACCACACAUGUGCUGUAGUGAAUGAGCAAAUCUUUCUGUUUGGUGGUUGUGGACUGGAAGGGUCCUAUUACAAAGACAUUCACACCCUGAAUACAGAGACCCUGACAUGGGAGAAAAGUGAGGUGAAAGGGGAGUCACCUCUCUCCUGCGCUGGUCAGACCUUUACAGCUCACCAUGACAAGGAUAUUUACUUGUUUGGAGGUGUAGUGCAAAGCCUGGAGGGAACGAUUUUAUCAACCAAUGAAAUUUACAAGCUAAGCAUUGCAAAGAUUAAAUGGAAGGUACCUCUUUAUGUGGGGAUUCCCCCAGCUAGACGUCAUGGUCACUCAGUUUUUAUUAUUCAUAGUCAUCUGUAUGUGUUUGGAGGCAAAAAUGAAGAACAGGAUUUCAAUGACUUAAAGAUAAUGAAAUUAAUCAACCCAUCAGAGAGACAGCCAGUAAUGAAGGAGAUUUUAUCUGAGUUUGGACUUCAAGGGGUCAGCAAUAGCUUUGUGCCAACGAAGGUUCCCAACGUGAGGUAUGAGCUGAGUGACAUGCCGUUAACUUUGAAGAUCAAGACAACUGAGUCAGCACAGCCCAAAGCUCAUCAGGAUUUCAUCACAGUCCGAGAUGAGGCAAUGAAUCUGAUCCAUAAAGCUUUUUCAAUUUUAGAUGAGCAGUUCCGAAAACUAGACAGAGAAAAGACUGAACUUUCUCAAGCAGUGGAGGCCCUGCAGUGUGAGAAAGAGGCCCACAAUGGAUAUCAUCAACGGCAGAGCCAGGAACUUCAGGAAAUGCUAGAGAGGCACAGGGUUCAAAAUGAAGCUUGGCUACGAGCUCGGGCUGAAGAAAAUGACAAGGAGAGGAAAGAGCUGUGCAAAUUCAGGGAGGAAGUGCUUCAUGAGCAGAAGAAGCUCAAGGAAGAGCAGUGCAAUAUCCAAAAACGCAGCGAGCACCUCCUGUCCAUUAUGCAGCAGUUCAAAGGCAUGUGAAGACACUGUCUCCAUGGCAACCAGAAAAAGGCAAGGGGGGCUGAGUUUUUGUUUUCCAUCGCACUUCUUCAAUGUCAUCGCAGGCGCAUUCUCUUUGUCGAGUCCCAUCAUGUUUAUGAAAUGGUGCAAAAAAGGAACGAAGAUUUUCGUAAUUGCCAUUUAGCUUUUGCUGUACUACGAGAGACAGAUGUCCUAAUGUAAACGAACAAAGCUAAUUUACUCUGUGUACUGUUGUCUGUAUGAAUGGGCAAAAAACAUGUAAUCCUUUUUAACUGAGGCCUAAAAAUACACCAGCCCAGACACUACUGAAUUUUAGCUUGCUUUUAAGACCCACUGCCCAACAUAAAUUGCUUUAUUUAUUCAUAUGAUGCUAUUACCAUGCUUGUUCUAAUUUUAAUCCAGGGAAAUUCGAAUAUGUCAAAUAAACAGCUAUAAAAAGAGUGA